GCAAGGAGAGGAUCAAAGGCACGGGCAAGUGCAGUCCUUAGAACUAUUCUGGGAACCUGGAAUGUACGCAGCAACCUCAUGGCAAGCUCUUAACCUGCGCGCUCAAUGAAGCUUUCUCUACAUUUGUCUCAGCCUGCCAUUAUCUUUACACAAGACCUGUUUUAGGACGUAAUUGUUUGCUGAACUGUAGUUGAUUUUGACUAGAUAUUGGAAGAAUGGCCUAUUCAUCCCUCGAGCAUCUUCCAUUUAAAGAUCAGGAACUUCCAUCCCAAAUGCUGUGCCAUCUCAACUGCCUCAGGCAUGAGCGGAUCUUCACCGACGUGCUUCUCUGCACCGAAGAUUUGGAGAUCCCAUGCCACAGGAACGUUCUAGUAUCCAGCAGCCCUUACUUCCGUGCCAUGUUCUGCAGCAACUUCCGUGAGAGCGGCCAGACGAGAGUGGAUCUAAAAGGGAUCAGCUCGGAGAUCUUGAGCGGUAUCGUGGACUAUAUUUACACCGGAAGCAUUACUAUAAGCAUGGAAAUAGUGCUGCCUCUAAUGCAAGCUGCAUCCAUGCUGCAGUACACGAGGCUUUUUGAGGCCUGCUCAGCCUUCUUGCAGGAGCAGCUGAACCCAGACAAUUGCUUGAGCAUGAUCCGACUUUCGGAAAUCCUGCACUGUGACAGUUUAAGAGAGCGAGCGAAGGAGUUGGCUGUGCGCUGUUUCUCGGACGUGGCUGCCUCGGAGGACUUUUGUGAGCUCUCACUGCCUGAAUUAAUGUGCUACCUGGAGGAUGACAGGCUUUGUGCUGAGGAAGAGCAGGUGUUUGAAACACUCUUGGCCUGGAUCCAUCACGAUCCUUUUUCUCGGCGUGGUGCUAUCCAUGAUCUCUUUAAGAAGGUGCGCUUGAGGUACAUCCAUCCUACGUACCUUUUCCAGUUCAUAGCCAAUGAUCCACUCGUCCAGUCGUCCACCCUUUGCACAGAGAUCAUUGAGUCAAUGCGCCGGCUGAUGUUUUCCGUUAGCACCAAAUGCACGCGUGAGCUGAAACCUCUCUGGACUACGCCUCGUCGUUACACCUGCCAAGAGACUUUGGUAGUCGUGGGCGGUCGCAAGAACAAUGAGCAGACAUCUCGGGAGGCGUUGCUCUAUGAUGAGCGUACGCAGCGCUGGCAGUGGCUGGCCAAGUUGCCCUUGCGUUUGUACAAAGCUGCUUAUGUAUGCAUACAUAGUAUUCUGUAUGUUGUUGGAGGUCUUAGCCUCAGCAUGGCAUCAGGAGACAGCACAGUUAGUGCCACGGUCUAUACCCUGUCACUUAAGACAAACCAGUGGAGGACGGCCGAACCCAUGCUUGAACCGCGUUAUGCCCAUCAGAGCGUGUCUUACUUGCACUUCAUCUUCGUUCUCGGAGGCAUAGGGGCCGACAAACAGAUCUCGAACAGAGUGGAGCGCUACAACAGCAUGUUUAACGUGUGGGAACCUAUGGCCCCAAUGCCUACAGCAGUACUCCAUCCUGCAGUGGCUGCCAAUGACCAAAGAAUCUAUGUGUUCGGAGGGGAGGACUCCAUGCAGAAUCCAGUGAGACUGAUACAGGUUUAUCACAUUUCACGCAACCAGUGGUUAAGAAUGGAGACCAGGACAGUAAAGAAUGUCUGUGCACCAGCUGCUCUCAUAGAAGACAAGAUUUAUAUCAUUGGAGGGUACACAAGAAGGAUGAUUGCUUACGACACCAAAGCCAACAAAUUUGUUAAAUGUGAGAACAUGAGGGAAAGGAGGAUGCACCAUGCCGCUACCGUGAUCAACAAUAAGCUCUAUGUGACAGGAGGCCGCUUCCUUAACAGCCACGACGUCAUCGAGGACUCCGACUGCUUUGAGUGUUAUGACCCAAAAACCGACGUCUGGACUUCUAAAGGGUCUUUACCGUACAAACUGUUUGACCAUGGAUCUCUGGCCUUGAUCUGCGUCUCUAACCGUCCAAAUCCGCCCUGACUGGGGAAAGUGGCCAAUAAUUGUACAUCUGAUUGGCUCCUUGGCCAAGAAAUAUGAGCCAAGACCACAACUGAGACUCUAGACCAAAUGAAAAAGCGUACGCUUUAUAUGCAUUGCAGAAUAUGCAUUGCUUGUGGCUUUGAUGGUUUGCAGCAUCUUCCGUCAUGGAAUCUCUAAUCAGAUAAGUGGACGUUUAUAUAGUGGAGCUGUGGGAGCUUCUCAGGAUCACACCAGCAGCUGUCUGUGCAUAAUCAUUAUUAUACUCAAGAUGAAUAUCCUUGAAACCCAAAACACAGGAUGUAUUCCACUACAUGUGGAAAACAAUUUUCUCAGUAUACUGUAAUAUACUGUAAGAGUAUCACAUUUAAAGUCACUUUAUGAAGACACAUUCCUUCAGAGGUAAUGCGAAAACCAUGCGCAGCUCGACGACUAUUAUUUGUUAUCUCGCCCUCUGUUCGACAAAGAGAAACUGCUGAUGUGCUGCACUUGCUUUGGUCGACUCUUUGUUUACCUGCAAUGAAGGCCUUAUCUUUUAAAUUUAAAGUUGCUGCAAAAAAGGUCACGAAAAGCACUAGACCGUGGUCCUGUGAAAAGAUUUAUUGAUAUGACUUGAAUUCUUUCUUUAGUGCUGCUUUUGAUGAGAAAUGUUUACCGCAUGGGAAGCUGUGAGCACACACAUCUAUAGUGUGGCGAUUAGGUAUACAGGUAUUUAUUAUGUUUUAUUAUAUGUAGUGGGUCUCUGGCUUUUUAUUUAACAUAACUAUCUUUUCUUUGUCUCUAUGGAAUUCUGGAUUAGCAUAUUGCCAGCUAAAUGAGACGAAAUAGAGAAACUACACAGCUGCUGUCAAGCAGAACCUGAUGAUAUAUGAUAUGUUUCUUAUACACUGCGAUAGUGCUUGCAGGCCUAUUGUGGUCAUGCAAACUCUUAUGCUAGUGUUUUGCAUUGCAAAUUUGUUGCAGAUUCAGA